CCGACUUUGUGCGUGCCGCCCGGCGUUGGUUGGCGCGUGUGUGAGUGUGUGAUGCCUACAGGCAUGCCAUGCAUGUGAUUGACCCUGCUGCCGUCUGCCCAAAAUACGCAUGGGCGUGCACGUGGUUUAUCCGUAUAUAUGUGCAUCGUGACCAGACCUCAUAUCUAAAUUAUCAAUUGCGGGUUCUACUAUCAAUCAGACGGUGAUGCAUGCAUGCGUUUCGAUCGGACCGGCAACAUCAAACGAGCUGAGCUUUCCACAUUGCAGUCUCUGAGGGAACCCUAUUCGUCUCUACCAGAACAGCAAAGACCCCACUGAUCACGAGAACUCGUGCAGCGCACACGCGCCGAACUGUCAGUGAGCGGACAUCUGCAAGAUGUUCUCGCGCGCGGCGGCAAGAGCCCCGCUCAGCCACAUCUCCCGUGGUGCUGGUCGGCACGUCACCGGGUCCCCCACACCCCCGCCUACCGUCAGGCUGGCGCACCGGGUGAAUGAUCAGGUAAGAGGAAGCAAGAAGAAAGUCGGGCAAGGCAGAGCGUCAGAGAGGAAUACUCUCCACUGUCUAUCUAUGUCGACCUGGGCCCUGUCUGGCGUCUCCUUGAUGCAGAGACCGCGGACACAACAAAGGACUCUUCAAGACAGCAUCACUGCAGUGAGCUAUUUGGCAGUGAGACGCUGAGGCCCGAAAGAGGCCCACAUGCACAUGACCUCCAGUGUUUCUCGGUGUGCCUUCAGCCGCUACAGCAGCAGCAGCAGCAACAGCAACAGCUCCCCCAGCCAGAGUCUGCAGACACGCAGACACGCAUGCGUCGCCUGGUAAUCAAUCAAUCAUGCCGGCCACAGAUCUUGGCCGCAGGAUCAUGCAUAUGGCUGUUUGUGUUUGUUUGUGUCCGUGUGUAUGUCUGUUAUCUAAGUUUUUCCGCCUGCGACAGUGCGAGAAGGAGGCCCGUGAGAGCAGAGCCAAGCACCAGGCCCAGGAGGCCAUGAUAUCGGUAUGUAAGCCAUCCUUAUCGACCAUCGAGGGAUUAACUGUCUGCAUGUCUGUCCGCCUCUGGCAGGACUUGCAGCAGCAAGUCAAAGAGCAAGAGGGCCACAUCAAGUGCCUCCAUGCACUGAUCAUUGUAAGUACGGACAUUCAAGGACUACACAAGCCAUCCAGCCAUCUAUCCAUCCAUCCAUUCUACUGUUUGUUGCCCGCAGGAACUCCAGGACAGGGACAAGACACGUGAAGUUGACAACCGCCGAAAGACAGUCGGCACAUGGAGGGGGCCACAGUCAAGCAAACGUUUGGUCCCCGUGUGUCUCUGCGGCCACCUGCUGUGCUGCAGCAGGACAUGCACAACAAAGACAGCGAGAUGGACAAGGCCACAGGGAACACGCAGCAGCAAGGCCUGAAGGUACAAAGCAGAGAGGCCUUGUGGGUACACUCCGUCCGAUCGAUUGGGAGAAGGAGACCGCCAGCCGCUUGUUUCCAUGUUGUGUCUCCACAGGUGGCCACCAAGACAGCCAACCGGGGGCACAAUGUGGAAGAGGUGACGCGCUUCGUCGACGAGCAGGCUGCUCAGGAAGCGCAACAGAGGGUAAGCAAGGUACAUGCAUUUGUGCACGAGUGUCUCCUGGAACUCAUUCAUUCAGGACUAUGGGAUACCCCCCUUGCCCUUGAGUGGCGGGGUUGGCCGGCCGAUGACGAAUGAGUGCCAUGCUGAGCACCAUCAGGUGUGUGUACACAUCGGUGAUACUUACCAUCUUCUAUGUCCGCCAAAGCAUUAAUUGUCUCUUUGUUCAGCUGCAGAGGUGGCCUGGGAGGACAUCGCUUCACACACAGGGAUGGCAUGCAGGGAAUGGCCCUCAGAACACUGCAGGUAGGGACACAGACAGGACCCUAUACUGUACUUGCCGUGGCCAGCCAGUACAUAUGCAUGUGCAUUUGUUCUUUCCCUUCUGGCAGCGACGAAGCCCCCAUGCUACUCCCCGCAUACCACACCAGUAGAGCAGGCUCAGCAGGGCUGGGCGAUGCAGCCACAGCAUCCACUGGAGAUGCAUGUAAGCAAGCGCAUGCACUUCUGUUUUUCGUCUUUUGACCGGCUUGCUGGCUGCAGAUUGUCUUUUCUGUUGCUGGCGCCCCUCAACAUCUGCCCGUGGACGGACAUCAAGUGGCAAGCGGGGACAGACAGAUCAUCGAUCCGGCCUUCGGUGAUGUGAGCUGUGUUUGUCUGGUCGUUUGCCUGGGUGGUUGUGUAGGUAAUGCCACAGGGAACGAUGCCGUGGUUUCCCCAGAUGAUGUCUCACCCCUUCGUCGCGUCUCCACCUUGCUAACAGCCAACUGUGUGUAGCGGUGGGUGAUGUGCUUUGUGGACAUCAUGUGUGAGUGCUCCCUUCUACCCGCUUGCAUGGCAUGGGAUUUGUGCCGGUGUGUUCGUUUUGUAAUCGCUGGGCGCUGAUUGAAUGAAAAAAUA